GUCAAAACGUUGUCAUUCCAAAUUCCAAACCCAAACGUUCUGUGAUCCACAUUAUUCCAAAUUAUAUUUUCAUUUGGAAUUGGAAUGUUUGUAUUUAUGCACAUUUGGCAUGAGUAUUUUGCAUUAAGGAAUUUUCAUGAAUAUCCUUCUACAAGACUUGCUUACCGACUAUCAUAGAUGUAUUAAAUAGUUCGGCUAUGUAUCUGCGAGAUGAGCGGCGUGUUGAACCGCUGUAGAGUGAGCUCCGAACAGCUAGACUUGCUGCUGUCGUUUAUGGAAGAGCACCCUGAGUUCGCAGCGGGCAAACAGUCGAUCUACUCUCGGUUCAGCUCGUCCAAGCUUUGGCGCCUGCUCGCCGAGCGACUGAACGCGGCCGCGCCAGAGUCAGGCGGCGCUCGCAAGAGUCCUGACAAGUGGUGCCGGUAUUGGGCAGACAUAAAGUACAAAGCGAGAAAGAAGUCUGCGGCAGGCGGGGCCCUGGGAGACCUCUCAUCUGCCGAGGAACGUUUGCGAAACAUAUUGAGCAGCGGUGGACGAGAAACGGGCGCGGGCGCGGGCCGCGGCAGCCAGUCGGACGAGGAGCGCAAGCCGCUGGAGGAGGAGCUGGAGUCGGAGACGUCGGGCGCGGGCUCGGCGCUGGGCGGCGCGGAGCUGCUGGCCGAGGCCGCCAUGCGCCAGGCGCUGGCCGCCGAGAAGCAGGCCGAGGCCGUCACGCAGGUCGCGCAUUCGUCACACCGCUCUUUAUCAUAUACAUGUCUAUUGAGCAGAUCGUAUUCAUCCAAUGUCAUGUGUUCGCAGGCGGUGGAGCUGCUUCGGGAACUAGUGUCGGUGGUGAAGGAGCGCGUGCUGCCGCCCCCUCCGCCGCCGGCCCCCGACCACCUCGCCAUGCACCACCACCAUCGGCUCUGAGACACAUUCACGACCAGAUUACUUGUGCUUACUUUUAUUAGUAUGGCUUAAAAUCGUCGCUUUAGAUAGAGUUAAUCAAAUGUACAACGAUACGUACUACUAUGCUACAACUGUGCUAUACAUAUGUGAAUUAUGUUUAAAAUUUUUCCAGAAAUGGUAUUUUAUAAGUACUAUUUUUAGUUUACAGUGUCUAAGUUCUCAUCAUCAUUAAUAUAAGUAGAUUAUGAAAACGGAAAGAAAUAACAUGAUGUAGACAAAGUAAUAAUAGAAAUUCAGAUUAAGCAAGAAUCUCGUUAAGUCUCUCCCGGGUGAUGUGAAGAAUGACAAAGAACAAUUUGUAUGAAAUGAAAUAAAACUAGUGAGAAGUCUAUUCAUUAGCGGCUCGCAGCGUGCGGUCGGCGGAGCCGGGCGCGAGCCCCAGCGCCGCGUGCACGUCGUGCAGUGUGACGUCAGCGCGGGCGCGCGCGCGCGUCGCGCCCGCGCGCAGCACGUCGCGCAGCAGCCGCGGCUGCGCGCGCAGCUCCAGCGCGCGCGCACGCAUUGGGCCCAACCGCGCGCAUAGCGCGCGCGCCACCACCGCCUGCACAGGGGAUUGAUAGCGUCGUCGGUCAAAUCGGUGAACGGUGGUAGGCGGUCGGUAGAUGCUCGAAAAAAUUGUGGCCGAAGCAAAUAUUAAUAAUUUUAACAGAAAAAUUUGUCAUGUGAAUAAACACAUUUUAUUUAA